AAUUUUUAUUGAUAUUUCUUUUUGUUUGAUUUUGGUUGGUUUUCCCUUUUAAACUAAAAAAUUCGAAAAUUUUUGUUACAUUAUUUCGUAUAUCUAUAUUUCGACGAUUUGUCAUAUAAAUUUGUAUUCGUUCACUUUUUGGCAAAUAUGAUUUCCGAUAAAAUGCGCGCGCAAAUGUAUCGCGAUCAUCGCCAACGCUUACGAUACGUUCGAUGUCGCGUCAAUAGCGGCUCAGUCCGGUUGUCAUCUCGCAUCAGUGCAAACUGUGCAAACUCAGAUUCUAUACGUUCGUUGAAAAACGGAAAUAGGUCAGAAUCGAAUCCUAAUUUUUUACACGGACAGCAGUAUACUACAUUGGAGAAGGAAAAUAUCCAUCGUCAUCGUCUAUCUACAAAAUCAAUUAUAGCUGCUCACCAAAACAUGGUAAAGUCGAAAUCUUCAGCAACUAACGAAAGGCUGAAUAAGCAACGUUGUAUUCCAAUGACCUAUCCAUCGAUCGCUCUAAAGUUAAAAGCUCUCCGUCCAGUAGGUCGUGUGCUUAUUCAACUCUAUACGGAAGCAUCACCUCAAGUUGUAUUGGAGUUCAUUCGCUUAGCUAGAAACAACAGCGCAGAUAGCCUUUUUAUCACGCGUGUUUUCCCGUCUCUAUGGUUGGAGGGAGAGUUAAAAUUACCGCCAGAAUCUCACACACAUAGAAAACAUGAAUUCGAUACACGUAGCUUAAAUCACACAAACCAUGGCGGAAUUAUUUCUUAUUCGCGCGAAAAUAUAAGUGGUAUCGAAAGCGACCGAUUAAGCUUCGCAAUUUCCUUUCGACCAUUGCCAGCAGCUAAUAGCAAACGCAUCGCUUUCGGACGAAUUGUCGGUGGUCUAAAAUAUCUCUACGAACUUCAAGACUAUGGCACAAAGAAUGGAAAGCCGACAAGAAAAAUUUGUAUUAGCAAGUGCGGAUUAUUCUCAAAGACUUUGCCCUCUCGGAGAUAUUGAAAUCACUUAUGAGGAUGUGUGUUGCUAAUUCGCAUUUUUUACAUUCUGUUAUGGUUAUCAAAAAUUAAGGAUAUAUGUAUAUGGGUUAUGAAAAAAAUUAUGUAAAUAUUUUAGGAAUUUAAUUUGAAAGUGAAACACUUAAUUCGAAUUUUUAGAUUCAUUUUCAAAUUAAACGACUACUAUUAGUUGUAUUGGUUUUAUUUUCAAAAAAUAAUGCUACAAUAAAAAUUAUGAUGUUGAUGUUAAUAUUUUUGCAUAAUUUAUAAUUGCAUAGCUAGAGCCGACUUCACCAACAUAAUGCGUAAUAACAUUAUUACAGAUGGCUAAAACGGGUUUUCAGAGCUUCAUUAAAAUCUUAAAUCUAAAUGUACAUAUAUCAUUUUUAAUUACAAAUAAAUAUAUUAAAGGGAUUAGCAUGAAAAGAAAUAAAAUAU